GAAAUUCCUGCAGCAUGGCGUCUGCACAGCGAUCUGCUAAAGAGUACCUCAGAAACAACUGGAAAGACCUGGUGACUGGCAUGAAAAACCUUCCUCUGAUCAUUGAGAGUCUUCAUCAGAAGAAGGUUUUCAGUGUCUAUGAGGUCGAUGCUCUCAAAGCCGAGAGCUCCGAGUUUGAGAAAGCCAGAAGUAUAUUGGAUUGGGUUACUAACAAAGGUGAAGAGGCCAGUUAUGAAUUACUCAGGAUUCUGGAUGUCACUAAGAAGAGGACAUUAGAUCCUGGUUUACACUACUGGAUCAGCUGCUUUUCCUUCAAAGAAGAAGACGCAGAGGCCAGCUAUUCAACUGGUACAAAGCCUUGUAAAAACUACCAGACACAGCUCAAGACGAAAGCAAAAAGUAUCUUGAAGAACCAAAGGAAAUGUUUCUGUAAACAUCUGGAUGACAAGGUACAAGGAAACUUAGGUUUUAUACCUCUGGUUUUAGAGACCGACUCUGAGGUAAAAACUCCUCAAUGCCAAAUAAAUUUGAAAAACAAAAAAUGCAAAAAGCCACGGCCCCAAAAGCUGAACGCUUACAUUCCUAGCGAGGAACAAGCACGGUCACCUGAGGAGCUCCUGAGAUGGCACGACAAAAGCAUCCUCAUCAUCGGCAAACCUGGAGUAGGAAAGACUACAGUUGUCCAGGAAAUGCUGCGACUUUGGGCGGAGAAGGAUGACGGACAGAUAGACUACAUGUUUUACUUUGAUGAAAGUGUUUUGGCCCACAAUAGUGUUGCCAGUUUGGAUGCUCUUUUGUUUGAUGUGUAUUCACUACCAUUGGAUGAAGACAGAAAAGAAGUGUUUCAAGAUAUUGAGAAAAACUCUGAGAAUGUUGUCAUUGUGUUUGAUUGUGUGAUGGGUUUGGAAGAAAAUUUAAUCUUAUGGAAGAUAAUGAAGCACGAGCUCCUGCCCAAUGCCAAGAUUGUGAUCACAUGCAGAUCAGAGGAGGAAGAGGAUCCACUUUUCUCUGACUGGCCGUGUCCCAAAAAUGUGUUAAACACUUGUAAAGAACCGCUGAAGCAAAUCAAAUUCUUUGUAGAAUUCUUGCAUAAAUCUUCUCAGUGCGACUGCAAACUUUUUGAGGUGAGAGGACAAUACGACCCAGAAAAAUGCAAUGCUCUGCUGGAUCUUUGCUCACAUGUGAAGAACUAUGAGACUCAAACAGGCAGGAGUUAUCUUCCAGCAUUACAGUCAGUUUUCCAGUUACCUGAUGUCUGGAUCAUAGAUCUCUCACAGAGAAAGAGCUCCGUCCUCCUGGAAGUGCUGAAGCUCCAGACAGAGAAGAAACCAGUAGUGCUGAGAGGAUUAUCAGAGGAAGAGAGUGAAGUGAUGAGUUUCCUUCAGUGUCUGCAACACAUCUCACAGCUGAGGUUCUGGGGCAUUUAUAAUAAAGAAGAAAGGAUGUCUACAGUAAGAUUCCUGCUGAAUCUCUGUGUUGCUGCAGUAGAAACUGACAAAGAUGCAGGAACAAGAUUCUCGACUCUGCUGUCAUCUCUGUGCAGCUACAAAACCUUCCCUUUUGAUGAAGAGGAUGAAGAUGGUGAUGAUCAGAGUGAUUUCCUGCUGGAUCUGUGCUCUCGUGUGAAGAACUAUGAGACUCAAACAGGCAGGAGUUAUCUUCCAGCAUUACAGUCAGUUUUCCAGUCACCUGAUGUCUGGAUCAUAGAUCUCUCAGCGAGAAAGAGCUCCGUCCUCCUGGAAGUGCUGAAGCUCCAGACAGAGAAGAAACCAGUAAAGCUGAGAAGAUGUUCAGAGGAAGAGAGUGAAGUGAAGAGUUUCCUUCAGUGUCUGCAACACAUCUCACAGCUGAGCUGUUCUGAGAAGUGUUUGUUAACUCUAGUUAAAGCGGUCCAGUUAAGAGAGAAUCCAGAGCUGGUGACUUCACUGUUUGAGGCUCUUGGCUUCUCCCUCAGUUUGGAAAGUCAUUUACCCAGCAAAACCUGCAGGUCUGUGGGGAGAUUCUUACGUUUCUCUUCUGACAGACUCGACCUCACUCUAAAACCUACAGCUGUCUCUGUCAGAGGAACCCGGCUUCUCUUCAGACACAUCACAAACAUACACACACUCAGGCUGAGUGGUUAUAUGGUGGUGAGAGUAGUGCAGGCAUUGAGGUCUAUGAAGGUUCCAGCUCCCAUCACUGUUAAUGAGAUCACACUUGAUCUGAAUGAGGAACAGCAGUCAGAGAGGAAUCUGUCCAGAGUCCUGAGCAGCUUGGCCAUCCUUCUGAGAUUCUGGACUGUCCAGUGUUUGAACUUGAUUGGACACAAGAUUCAGUCUGUUUCUGUGUCUGUCCUACUGUGUCACCAGGGAGCAGUGACUCUCAGACUGUCUAAAGUGACUCUCCAGAAGCUUGUUGAAUGUGUCUAUGAAGCUCAGGAAGAGGAACUAACUCAAAGCUUCCUGCAGAAAGUGGGCGGGGAUCUGACUUCCUGUUCCUUGAGCUGGGAAGAGCUACAUUAUUUCCUGCAGCACAGAAUUCAGCAAAUCACUGUGAACCUCAGAAAGAGCAACAUUCAGGUCAACAUUAGAGAAAUUCUGCCAUUCCUGAACCGGAUUAAGUUUAAACGGAUGAGCUCUGCCUUCAUGCUGUGUGCAAUCAGAGAGAUCUAUGAGUCCGGCUCUGCUGGGUUUGUGUCCAGUCUGUUGAGUUCAGUGAAGAACUACAUUAACCUGCAGAGCAGAGAUCUGGACUCUGUUGACUGUGUGGCCCUGCGCUUCACACUGCAGCACUGCACUGCAGCUUCACUCAAUCUACGGUGGACCUCCAUACCAGAGGAAGAGCUGCAGAGCAUUCUGCCUCUCUUCACACACCUCUCCCACCUCAGUGUUGACAGGCUGCUGUUGCUGAUGUUACAGAAUCUGUCCUGA